AUGGCCGCAAAGCAGAUAAUCACACUCAUCACCGGCGCCAACCAGGGCGUCGGCUUCGAAGCCGCCAAAAACCUAGUCCUCAGCUCUACCUCACACCAUGUCAUAAUCGGCAGCCGAGAUGCCAGCAGAGGCAGCCAAGCUGUCUCCGACCUGCAGUCUCUGCCAAACAUCAAGGGCUCCCUGGAGACAAUCCAAAUCGACGUGACCGACGACAAAUCCGUCGACGCAGCUGCCGAGAAAGUCGCGACAAAGUACGGCCAUCUUGAUGUGCUGGUCAACAAUGCCGGCGUCAACAAUAUGAACCCAAACCUGCGAGAGAGCAUGCGCGUCAUUCUUGCUACCAAUCUGGUCGGCGUGGCCAGUGUCACCGAAGCCUUUCUGCCCUUGCUCAAGAAAUCGGACGAGCCGCGUUUGGUGCUUGUGAGCUCGAGUGUGGGUUCGAUCACGCAUGCGUCCGACAAGACUUCUCGGUAUUGUAGUCCUGCGGGCACGCCUUAUCGAUGUAGUAAAGCCGGAGUGAAUAUGAUGGUGGCGCAGUAUGGUCAUGCAGUGAGUGCGCAAGGAAAGAGUUUCAAGGCGUUUGGCGCAGAUCCAGGGUUGAACGCAACCAAUUUGAUGGGUGAUGCGGACUCGCUCCGGGCUCGAGGGGCCGUGGAGCCCCAUGUCGGUGGCGGAGUUAUUGCUUCCAUUGUCAAGGGCGAAAGAGACGCAGACGUUGGAAAACUAUGUAGUCUCACUGGUGUUGUGCCAUGGUAA